AUGAGCACCAAAGCCAUUGCUGGUCAAAUAUUUGACUACAUUGUGUGUGGGGGAGGAACUUCCGGCUGUCUCAUUGCAGCAAAACUUGCCUCCGUUCCAAAAAUCUCCGUGCUUCUUGUAGAAGCAGGCAGAGAUUCAGGCAUUCUGCCGGACGUUCUUGUGCCAGGUAAAUAUGUCAAGCAGUUACAGGAAGACAAAAACGGACUAUGGGAGUUGGAGACAAUACCACAAGCAUACUUAGGUGGUAGAAAGCUGGUGUUUCUAAGAGGCAAGCAGCUUAGGAGUAGUUCGGCUGUCAACUAUAUGGCACUUGCUAGAGGCCCGGCGACUGACUAUGAUGAAUGGGCUAGGAUUUUUGGCGAGGAUGGGUGGAAGUGGGAUAAUCUUGCAGUGAUCUCAUUUACCUACUCGAUGGGGAGCUUGAAAUUUGAUUCUACAUUUCCUACCCUCCCUCACUACCUCACAUACGCGAUACUCAACAUGUCCGCAGUCACCGGAUACGACUAUCCAGGCUAUGAGCAGCUCGGAAGUAUUUCCAAUAUCUCGGCCGCUGUGUCAAUACCCGCUGGUACUCGCAUUGUCGCCACCUCUGGCCAAAUUGCUGAUAACCACGACCCCAUGUGGGGAACUCACGCCGAGAAAUUUGAAAAGUCGAUGAUCAACAUCGAGCGCUCUUUGGCCGUGGCGUCUCCUCACAUCACUGAUGCCAGAAAACUAUGGGAGGGCAUCUUCUAUAUCACUUCGUUCCAUGUUGGCAUUUUGUCAAAGGAGGAACAGUUGCAGAUCGCCGAAAUUGCCAGAAGAUACUUGGGGAAGAAUAAGCCAGCAUGGGCGGCUAUCUGUGUAAAUGGCCUGUUUCCACCGGAGGCAUUGGUGGAGUCUCAGGUCCAGGCAGCUUAUUGGGAUAGGAAAUGA